AUGGCGACUAGUACAUCAGAAUAUCAACAUGAUGAGCCGUCGUCACCGGCAUUAGCUCCUUGGGAGCGAUUUUCCCGUUGGCUGCACUGUGUGUGUAUUGUGGUAUUUGAUUUAGAAUUGGGCCAAGCUAUUGAGGAUGUCUAUCCGGCUGAAGCAGAACUUUCUACCUCGGAGAAAAGGAAUAUAUGUUACUUGUCCUUCCCUGAUUCCAAUUCUGCUGCUAUGGGCGAUACUCAGUUCCACUUCCGGAUAAGAAGUGAUCGACGUCUUGAACUUGAUAGUUCUGAAGUUUUAGUUGAUCGAGACAGCCCUGCAGUAUUAAAGCCUGAUAUUGCCCACUAUUACGGAUUUGUUUACUUCCGACAAGAGAAAGAUUCUACUUCCAAAAGGGGCUACAUGCAAAAAUCUGUGGUUCUACUUUCGAGGUUACCAUAUGUAAAAUUCUUUUCAGUUAUUAGUAAAACUGUAGCGGAAGGAUAUUUUGAACAUGGCAUGGUGUCUAUCGAAUCAUCAUGUCACGAUAUUGAUCAAUGGCGUUUGCCGAUACCCGGUCGAACACUUCAGUUACCUAUUUCGGGAAAAGUUUUGCAGAUCCGAAUUCCUUCAAAGAAAGAUAAACCUGGGGCUGUUUCAUCGCCAGAAGUUUACGGACAAGCAAUUCCAGCUGUUACUAUAGUUUCAUCCGUUCAAGAUGUUGACUCGUUCAGUUGUUUACAGCCGGUUCUUCCUCACCUUAACGUUCUUUGGGAAUUAGUGUUAGUUGGGGAGCCUAUUGUGGUGAUGGCAUCGACACCAGAUAUUUGUGCUACAACUGUGCAAGCCUUAAUAAACAUGAUAAAGCCUUUAAAGUACGCUUCAGAUUUUCGUCCUUACUUUACCAUUCAUGAUAAUGAGUUCAAGGAAUAUACAACCAAGACUCAAGCACCUCCGAGCAUUAUAUUAGGUGUCACAAACCCUUAUUUCGCCAAGACUCUGCAGCACUGGCCUCACGUAUUGGUUGUUGAUAGCUGCUCAAAUCCAGGUUUAUCGUCAACUAUUAAGCGUACGAAAAACUUAAAAGGUCUCACGACACUUGAUACUACGCCCGGUUUAUACACCAAGUACCUCCCAACCAUGAAAGAAGACAAAUUUAUAAUUAGAAGAUUAUUAAAGCAAGUACCACCGGGAACGCGACCGCAAGAGGCUCAGAAUGCAAUGUUAACAAGACAUUUCUUGGAACAAACACAAAGCUUUAUCAUUCCUUUGGAAAGAUAUAUAACAACGUUAAUGCCACUUCAAAAGAAUAUAUCACCAUGGAAGAGUGCACCAAAUCUGAAACCGUUCGACGUAGAAGAAUUUAUACGUAGUCUGAAUAAGGCUGGGCCACAAUUGACAUCAGAUAUAAAAGGAAACUGGCAGACUUUAUACAGGAAAUUUUUUAAAUCACCAAAUUUUGAUGGUUGGCUUCGAAGUCGCCAAGCUGAAAUACUUGAAGCUCUUCAGCUAAGGCAAAUAGAAAUGAUGGGAGCUGCGGAUAUUACCGCAUAUAUAAAAGGCAAAGCUGAAGUUGAAAUAGUUGAUUUAAUCCUUCGAUUGAAAGAUAAACUGGUAAAUAUUAAGUGCAAUAACUCCAAUGUGUCUAUUAGUGAAGUUACUCGACAUCGUCUUACUGAGCAUCUAAUUUUUGUAGUCAGUAUCCUACCUCCCGAUUUACAAGGAAUACUUAAAAAUAUCUAG